AUGUCAAACGAGGUCUCUUUAUUGAAAAUCAUCAAAUCAGCUGAUAAUUUCCCUUCGUAUUCCACACCAUAUCCUCAACAACAUCCACUUACUGGAAAACGAUUGGUCCCAUUUUACUUGACAUUUAAAGAUUUUCAACACAGAAUACCGCCCAUUGGAGUGUUUCCCACUAGUCUUUUGAAAGAGUUAAGAAGUGAAAAGGGCUUACAGUUCUAUUCGAUCUUACAAAAGAUUGGUCAAGGUAAAGGUGGUCAUCACAAAAACCCUUCUUCUGCGUCAUCCAAAACCGACCAAGGAACCAAGAACGUAUCCGAACCCAAAAGAGAGCAUGAAGAGGUCCACACCAAAGAGGAUAAGGGCAAGAACGAGAAUGAAAAAUCCAAGGUAGAGAAGAAAGGUCAUAAUAAAGACGAUUAUAAAGUUAUCGUACUUGCGGUAUUCUUUUCCGAUGAUACUAACUCACGGGGUAAAGACGGUAGAACAGAAGUUAUGAUACGUAUAGUUAAUAAAUGGAGAGAAGAAGGUAAAUUUCCUGAUGCCAUGAAAUUGUGGAUGGACGAACUUUUUGCUAUCUAUGCAUCACCUCACUCUACUCUAUGGAAAGAUGACGAAGCGGCUAGAAAUCCAUUCGGGAACGUUGCUUUCGAGAUAGAAAGAGCUGCUACACCCAUUUUUGGGUUCACAGCAUUAGGUGUUCACAUGACUGCUUUUGAGGGUCAAGGAGACGAUACGAAGAUAUGGGCUCCUAGAAGAAGUGCCAAUAGGAUUCGCUCACCUUUGAAAUACGAUAGCAGCGUCGCAGGUGGUAUUCCAGCUGGGAUGACACCUUUGCAAGCUCUUAUUAAGGAAUGCGAAGAAGAAGCUGGGUGGUUCGAGGUCUUAGUCCGAAAAUACGUCAAGAGCGCAGGAAUGAUUUCGUUGUUUGAGAUCACAAGAUCUGGAGAUUUGGCACCUGAUAUCGACUAUGUAUACGACCUUCCACUCCCUUCGAGAGAGUCGAAAGACUAUGUACUUCCCUCACCAAAUGAUGAAGAAGUUGACUCCUUCGAGCUUCUGACCAUUCCUGAAGUGUUCGCUGCUCUAAGGAAUCAAGAAUUCAAACCUACUUCUGCAGUAGCUACUAUCGAUUUCCUCAUUAGGCAUGGUUUCAUCACUCCUGAGAAUGAACCUGAUUACUCUGAGAUAGUCAAACGAUGUCAUAGAAGAUCGGGUAUCGCUGGUCCUGGUAUUUGA